AAAGAAACGUCAGAGGACGUCCAAUCAGCUGAAGCAGAUACAUAUCAGGGAGUGACGGUCGCGUAGGUGCGUGAUUCGUGUUUCGGGCAAAGUUUACAAACAAAAUUCUUUGUGCACAUCCUCGCCCAGAGCAGCCCAUUCUCGCAGUGAAAUGGAGGGCGCAGAGCAACGCUCGCAAAACGGAAGCUCCCCCGAGACGGACAACCGAAUGAACAGCAGCACGUCGUCGAGCUUGGAUCGCAGCAUCGAAGGUGAAAGAACGCUCGCUACGCACGACGGGGCCCUGCUGAAGGAGGCCAGCGCGGAGUUCAUCGGCGAAUUGAACACUAGCGGGACGCUCAAGCUGAUCGAACAGCAACCGAACAAAAUCAUUAUCGCUUGGCAACCGAAUGAUAACAUUCUGAUAACGGAUGAGUCGUCGCAAGAUCAGGAUGAGUGGUCGCUCGUCGACACUAUCAAGAAACGCCAUCGGACCGUGUCCGAGAGCAAAGCCUUCAACACCAAAUUCGACUCGCAGGCGACCAAGCCCCGCCGUCUGGAAGUGCCCGUGACUGAGCUGAAAUUCGUGGAGGUCCUAGCGCGAGGACAAAUGAUUCGGUUAAUUAAGAAGAGCGACUCGUCCCUGCACAGCGUUUACUUCUUCCAACAUGGGAACGCGGACAUGUUCGUGCGGGAGCUGCAGCUUAACAACGUUGUGACCCCCGCCCACGGCAGCCGAAAUCUGUUCAACGUCCUUGACCCCGACGCAAGGAAGCUGCAGAAGACCUUCGAGGCGCUGCAGAUCGAAGACAUCAAGACGUCGGGCGGAUGGCUGUCGAACCUUGUGUGGAAGAACAUGGAGUUCUUUGCCAAGGUCUCGGACUACGUAACGCCCGUCCAGCAACUGUCCCCGGAGAACAGGAGCGAAGACUACGAGUUCCUCAACCACCAGGAGAAGUCGGACGCAGAAGCCAAGAAGGAAGAGCAGCCGUCGAAGAAGGAAACAUCGCGACCGAAUGAAAAGCCUAUGGUCACCUUGCCUCCCCGGAGGGCGGUCGCUCGAGGUCCUCCACUCAACGAAAAGCAAUGGUGUGAAUUUCAAACUGAAGAUGGUCGCAUCUCGGACCCUCAACGUGUUAAAGAAAUCAUUUUCCGUGGUGGAAUUGAAGAAUCCUUGCGUCCAACAGUCUGGAAAUAUUUACUCAAUUACUAUAUCUGGGAUGAGACCACAGCUGAAACAGCGGAGCGUCGUCGUGCAAAAUCCGCUGAGUAUUAUCAAAUGAAGUCGCAAUGGCUCUCGAUGACAACCACACAAGAACGAAACUUUUCAGGAUUCCGCGACAGAAAGUGCCAAAUUGAAAAAGAUGUUAUUCGAACAGAUAGAACAAUUGAAUUUUUCGCUGGCGAACAAAAUCCCAAUAUCGCUCUCCUGCAAGAUAUUCUCAUGACGUACGUGAUGUAUAAUUUCGAUCUUGGAUACGUACAAGGAAUGGGUGACUUGCUGGCACAUAUCCUAGCGGUUGUCCAAAAUGAAGCGGACUCGUUUUGGUGUUUCGUGGGCUUCAUGGAUUCGGUCUUUUCCAACUUCGAUGUGGAUCAAGCUGGCAUGAAGCGUCAAUUCAAAGAGCUUCACGAUCUGAUUCAGUUUUGCAACCCAGAACUGUUUGAGUAUCUUGCCAGCAACGACUCAGCGAACAUGUUCUUCUGUUUCCGUUGGCUUCUAGUUUGGUUCAAUCGGGAAUUCUCCGCUUCGGACAUUAUUGAACUAUGGGAGGUCCUUUGGACCGGAUUGCCUUGCCCUAAUUUCCACCUAUUCAUAAGCGCUGCAAUCUUAGAAACUCAUAAGCAAACAAUUAUUGAAAAUAAGUUCCAGUUCGAUGAUAUUUUGAAGUAUGUGAAUGCACUUUCGAUGCAGUUAGACCUUAACAAUACGCUAGAAACCGCCGAGUCAAUUUAUAUUCAAAUCAAAGAAGCCGAACGUAUUCCUCAGAAAAUACGUAUACUCAUAGGAGAAGAAUCUGGGUCGAGUGAUAUGAGCGAAAGUUUCGAUCUAAUUAACCGCGAAGAGGAGGAAAUGAGGCAACGGAAGUUGGAGGAGGCUUGUGAAAAUUCAAUGAACAUGUCGUUCUUGUAAGGACGCAAGGUGAGCGAGGGGACGAAUUUGGCAGCGGCAAGAGACAAAUAUGGGCGUGUUUUGCUAUGAGGGAGGCGUUAGUAAUACGUGCUAGAGUUUAAGAUAAAAUCAUGUUUUAUAAAUAUGCUACAACUUUUAGUCCUGUAUAUUUGAUUUGUAUUUAAAAGUGUAGAUUUACCUCAACUACUGAGACUUGUAUGAAUUGAGUUUUUUGGUUAUAAUGAAAUUUUUUGCACCACA